AGAGAGGCAAAGAGAGAGAGACAGACUGGGAGAGUUUUGCUUCCACACCGGUGGAGGUUUUCUCCGCUGCAGAGGAGCAGAGCUGACGGACAGGAUUCCGCUCAAAAUGGCUAAAAACCAGGAAGUGGAGCGCAUCGCCAAAAAGCUGGAUAAAAUGGUGCACAAGAAGAAUACGGACGGUGCUCUCGACAUGUUGAGGGAACUGAAGAACAUCAAGAUGUCUCUGGAGACCCUGCAGUCCACCAGAGUCGGGAUGUCAGUGAACGCGGUGAGGAAACAGAGCUCAGAUGAAGAGGUUCAGACUCUGGCCAAAGCUCUCAUCAAGUCCUGGAAGAAACUGCUGGAUGGAUCAGAGGGGAAGUCGGAGGAGAAGAAGGGGGAAGGCUCUCCUGUGAGGUCAUCAUCCACUUCCAAAGACUGUGACAGCAGCGAAAAAAGUAAGAAGUGUGGGGAGACCCCCACCACCCCAACCUCUCCCACCCUUCCCGCUCGGGUCACCUCCUUCCCCCCCGCCCCCGUCACCACCGACAGCGUACGGAACAAGUGUCGAGAGCUGCUGGUGGCCGCGCUGCAGACCGACGAUGACCACAAGACCAUUGGAGUUGACUGCGAGCACCUUGCAGCACAAAUUGAAGAACAGAUCUUCCAGGAGUUUAAGUCUACAGACAUGAAGUAUAAAAGUCGUCUACGAAGCCGCAUCUCAAACCUGAAGGACCAGAAGAAUCCCGACCUGCGGCGCAACGUCCUGUGUGGAAACAUCUCACCUCAACGCAUCGCCAGCAUGACGGCAGAGGAGAUGGCGAGUGCAGAGCUAAAGCAGAUAAGAGAGGCUUUGACCAAAGAGUCCAUCAGAGAACAUCAGUUGUCGAAGGUCGGAGGAAGUGAGACAGACAUGUUCAUCUGCAACAAGUGUCACGGAAAGAGCUGCACGUACACACAGGUGCAGACACGCAGCGCUGAUGAGCCCAUGACGACCUUUGUGUUGUGUAAUAGCUGUGGCAACCGAUGGAAGUUCUGUUGAAGAGGAUGUGUGUAUAUUAUUCCAUCAUGAAGCAAACUAAAGUGAAUUGAAUUUGGA